GUUACAUAUGAGCGAUCCAACUUAUACAUUCACUUCCCAAGAAGGGUAAGUUGACAUGAUCGACGAUCCCUUAACUGAUGGGCCGGAAAUGAGUCCUAAAAUGGUGGGAAGAGCACAUGGGUUCUAUGCUCUGGCGUCGCAAGUAGAAAUUGGCCUGUUGAUGUCUAUGAAUUUUGCCUUCACGGAAGGGAAAUACAACGGCAGCAUCAUCACGGUGCUGGGGAGGAACACUGUGUUUUCAAAAGUGAGGGAGAUGCCGGUGAUCGGUGGCAGUGGGCUGUUCCAGUUUGCAAGGAGUUAUGUUCAGGCAAGGACUCUUACAUUUGAUCAGAAAACAGGGGAUGCCAUAGUUGAGUACACUUGUUAUGUUCUGCAUUAUUGAUGAUUGUGACCCCUUUUGUGCUUUUUUUGCUUCAGCACAAAGAAAAAGAGAAGAAUGCCAUACAUUGAUGAGAUGUAAGUGAGAAGUGGCUGUUUUCCAACCUCUAUGCACCAAACUUCAUCAUCUCUAGUCGUUGAAUCAAGUCCAGAGGAAGUUUGCAUCUCCAGUAAAAUCUAGACAAGUUG